GAUAAAAUAUGCAGUCGACUCUCUGUUCUUCAAGAACUGAAAGACUCCUGAAGUGUUACAAGUGGCUAACAUGUGAAUUUUCUUCAUAGAAGGGCUAUACAGGAACUAUUCAUCACUUAUCCUUCAACAUCAUUGAGUUUGUGGUGGCUGAAAAGCUGCUGUUGGGGGGGAUAAGCCAUGCUUGGAGAGAUCCAUGCAAAUGUGAUCACUGUGGCACUGGUCGUUUUGCUUCACUUGGGCACUAUAUGCAGAGCUGAAAAUGACUUGUCAUUGGUAAAGUUACCAGCGGGGGAGCAAACCUCAGAUUAUGUUUCCUGGUGUUUCUUCAGCCAGAAUGGGAAUCUGACUUGUAACUGGACAAGCAGCCAUAGAUCAGCUCCCAGAAGUAGAAAACAGGAAAUGACAAGCCAUCCAUUAGCAGUUGUGGGAAAGGUUUGCUUGGAGUUCUGGCAUCUGGUCUCAGAUGCAUCCAGGAAUGCUUCAGUUCGUGCUCUACUGAACAGCAGCUUGGGUCAGCUUGAGAUCUGGACACCUCUUCCCCUCUCCAGAGAUGGAUGGCGACAUGUGUCUGUGCCCCUUAAUAUCACUGAACAAGGCACUCAGGUCGUAUUUGAAGCUUUCCAUCCACUGACUGUAGACCAAAAAACCUUAAGACAAAUUGGAGUAAGAAAAGGCUCUUGCAGAGACCAGUGUGAAUCAAAUGCAGAGCUGUGGACUGAUGACACAACACGUUGCCUCUGCUCAGGUUACCAAUUCUUCUGUUUGCCUUCUCAGUGCCCUAAGGAUCAAACCUGUGAUCCUCUAGAUGGACCCAGAAAAAUUUCUCCUUCAGGUGUGUGUGCACCAUCCACAGAAACACAGACUGCCACACCUUUGAUGGUGUAGCCUUCAGAUUGAUGUCCCCCUGCACUUAUGUGCUGGCCAAGACUUGCACAGAAUCUAAAGGUCUGCUGGAGUUCUAUGUGGAAGUGGUCAAUGUGCAAACUGACAAUGAGUCACUGCCAACUAUCCAACAAAUCAAUGUGGGCCUGGGAAAUGUGAAGGCAUCAUUACUUAAAGGUCAGAUGCAUCGAGCUGUGGUUCAUGGUGUCUGGCAAGAGCUUCCACUGAGUCUGAACAAUGACACUGUCCAUAUAAAGAGCAACCCUGCUGUGGUGGUGAUGGGAAGCAGUUCUGGAGUGUCUGUUUCCUAUGACAAUACUGGAGCUGUCCAAGUCAGAAUCCCAUUACAAUAUUCCGAUGGAGUUUGUGGAUUAUGUGGCAACUUCAAUCAACUGCCUGGAGAUGACUUUCUCAAACCUGAUGGCACAAAAGCUGAUGAUGCUACAGCUUUGGUUAAGAGUUGGGAGACUGGAGGAAAUGUCUCUUCCUGUGAAAGCAUCAAAGUGCCUCAACAUUGUGAUCCACUGGACAAAGCUCUUUAUAGCAGUGAAAAUUACUGUGGACUUUUGCGUGCCAGUGCUGGACCUUUUGCUCCCUGUCUGCCAGUUGUAGGUGCUGACAGCUUUUUCCGGGGUUGUUUACUUGGCUUGUGUUCUGCUCCUGGUGAUAAAAAUGUCCUAUGUGACACAUUGCAAGCCUAUGCUAACAUAUGCCAAAAGGCUGGAAUUGUUGUACCUACAUGGAGGAACUCUACUUUCUGCUCCCUUGAGUGUGGCAAAAAUAGCCAUUAUAACUCCUGUGCAAAUGGCUGCUCUGACGUUUGCUCAAGUCUAGAUCAAGCUGGUUUCUGUGGUAGUUGUGAGGGCCGAUGUCAGUGUGACCCAGGCUUUAAGAUCAGUGGCGAUGCCUGUGUCCCAGCUGAGGACUGUGGGUGCUGGUAUAAGGGAAAACACUACAAGAAAGGGGCAGUGACUGUGGAGGGAAACUGUGAGCAGGAGUGUCAAUGUGUUGGAAAUGACAACAUAGAAUGCACUGCCAUUAAAUGUUCCAGUAAUGAAGUCUGUAAGGAGGAAAAUGGGAUCAAAGGCUGCUUCCCUUUUAAACCUGCCACUUGCCAUGUGUAUGGAGAUCCCCACUAUGUUACCUUUGACAAGCUGGCCUACAGCUUCCAAGGUGGCUGUGCUUACAUCCUGACUUCAACCUGUGGUGAACACAGUACAGUACAGUUCACUGUAAUUGGUUUCAACAGCCUCCCUGCUGACCAAAACUCUACCAGAUCAAAACUUGAAGCUGUGGCUCUUCAGCUUAAUGGACUGGACCUUGCCUUGAAUCAGAGUGGGGAAGUUCUUGUGUAUGGCAACACUGUCAGCCUUCCAUAUUCAACUAAUGGUUCAUACGGCUCUGUGUGGGUCUAUGUGAACAAGGAUUUCACCACUCUGGAGACUACCUUUGGCCUAAAAAUUGGGAUAGAUGGGCACAGGAGGUUGUUUCUUCAGGUUGAUGAGAGCUACAAAUAUGAACUUUGUGGUCUCUGUGGCACCUACUCUGGAUAUCAGGGGGAUGACUUUUUAAUGCCAGGAGGCCAUAUUGCUACAGAAUCAUUUGAAUUUGGAGACAGCUGGAGAAUUCCAAUCAAUGAAGGAUGUACUGCCUCUCCGAAUGAUACCAGAAAAUGUGUCGAUGAUGAGGAGAAUAUGGCCAAUGAGGAAUGCUCCAUGGUAUUUCAGGGGGCUUUUGAGGCUUGCCAUGAGCAUGUUCAUCCAAGCAUCUUUUUCAACAGUUGUGUAUAUGACUAUUGUGCCACUGCUGGUAAUCCAGUAACUUUAUGUGAAUCCCUGAAGUCUUAUGCCACAGCAUGUAAAGCUGAAGGAGUGGAACUCUCUCGCUGGCAAACUGGAACGCCAUGUGAUUUCUCAACUGCAGCUCCAACAACUUGGGGUGCCACUUCUCCAGAUCAGACAUUCUGCCCCAUUAACUGUAGCUUUGACACAAAUCUGUGUGAAUGGGAGCAACUCAUUCAAGACAGUCUGGACUGGAAAAGACAUUCUGGAUCUACACCAUCAAAUCUAACUGGGCCAAACCAGGACCACACUACAGGGGGUGGUUUUUACAUGUACCUUGAAGGAGACUAUGUAACCCAUGGAGACUCUGCUAGAAUGAUGAGCUCAUCAUGCCAACUUGAUGGCCCAGUCUGCUUUCACUUCUGGUACUACAUGUAUGGUUCAGCCACUGGCAUGGCUCUCAAUAUCUAUAAGCUCCAAGGAAAUCAAGCUACAAAGAUCUGGUCUACAAUGAACAACCAAGGACCUGAAUGGCAUCUGGGAAAAGCAGAUCUGAAAAUCUCUGGUAGUGUCAAAUUCAUAAUUGAAGGAAUUCGAGGCUCCACUGCUCAGUCAGAUGUGGCUAUAGAUGACAUCACCAUCACAUUUGGGUCAUGUUCAGAUGCUUUCCCCAAUUUAGUUGGAACAACACCUAUCAGAACCACAGCGGUGGCUCCACCAUACCCAGUCUGCAACAUUGCAUGCAGCUUCAAGAAUAGCUUAUGCACUUGGAGCCAGAUGGUCACUGAUGCAUUUGAUUGGACAAUGACCAACGUUUCUACGCCUACUGAGAUGACUGGUCCCUCUCGCGAUCACACUGGUGACGGUCACUACAUUUAUAUUGAGGCCACAAAUGUGACAUAUGGUGACGCGGCUCGUCUGAUCAGUUCAAAAUGCACAGAAACUGGCCCUCACUGCCUUCAGUUCUGGUACCACAUGUAUGGUUCAGCUGAAACGAUGGGCCUAAAUAUUUACAUUCUUCAGAACAAAACUGCUAAGGAAGUCUGGCAGAAGAGGAACAACCAAGGAAAUGUAUGGCACCAUGCCAGAGUUGAUCUAAAUACAACUGUAAACUUUCAGAUAAUCUUGGAGGGACGGAGAGGUUCCAACGAUCAAUCUGAUGUGGCUAUAGAUGAUAUAACACUUUACCAUGGAAGAUGUACAGAUCAAAAUGAAUUGGGUACAGCUUCUCCUAUCAAACCUGAAUACAGCACAACUGCCAAGCCAAGUGUUGCAUUACCCUCCACAGCCACUCCAGAGGUCCCUCUUCUAAAUGGCACAGCCCAGGUCCCAACUGCAAAUGUUACGCCUGAAAAUGGACAGACUACAGUUUUUAUGCAAAAUGUAACUAAAUCUCCAGGACAAGCCCAGCACCCAGUAUGCAACCUUGACUGUAAUUUUGAACAAGAUUUUUGCCAGUGGAGUCAGAUGCUCACGUUUGACUGGGAAAGACUUACUGGAUCAACCCACACUUGGAACACAGGCCCUCUUUCAGAUCAUGCAACAGGAGAUGGCCAUUAUUUGCACAUUGAAGCCAACGGGGCAUCACUAGGGGACACAGCUCGACUUAUCAGCACAAAGUGCUUGGACCCUGGUCCACAAUGUUUGGAGUUCUGGUAUCGUAUUUAUGGCUCUGCUGACACAAUGUGUCUUAAUGUAUACCUUCUUCAAGAUGGACAGGCUACUGUAGUAUGGAGAAGAAAUUACCAAGAAAAUAUGUGGAAUCUUGCUCAGGUGGACCUGGUAGUUAACAGUACAUUUCAGAUAAUUUUUGAGGGCCGUAUAGGUUCUAAUGAAGAGUCUGAUGUGGCCAUAGAUGACAUAAGACUUAGUCGUGGGUUCUGCCAAGAUUUUGUCACACAAGUAACUGAUGCACCAGGAAUCUUGAGCACAACAGACUCACCCCAGGUUUCAGCUACAACCAAACCAGAACCCUCAAAUGGAACUGUGCCUCAGGCUUCACCCACAGGAGGGCCUCAUCCACCAACCACAGCAGGCAAUGUUGCUGCUACAACUACACCAGUGCCUUCAAAUGGAACUGGGCCUCAGCCUUCACCAACAGCAGGGCCUCUUCCACCAACUGCAGCAGGCAACGUUACUGCUACAACUAUACCAGUGCCAUCUAAUGAAACUGGGCCUCAGCCUUCACCAACAGCAGGUCCUCUUCCACCAACUGCAGCAGGCAACGUUACUGCUACAACUACACCAGUGCCUGCAAAUGGAACUGUGCCUCAGCCUUCACCAACAGCAGGGCCUCUUCCACCAACUGCAGCAGGCAAUGUUACUGCUACAACUCUACCAGUGCCAUCUAAUGAAACUGGGCCUCAGCCUUCACCAACAGCAGGGCCUCUUCCACCAACUGCAGCAGGCAACGUUACUGCUACAACUACACCAGUGCCUGCAAAUGGAACUGGGCCUCAGCCUUCACCCACAGUUGGAAAUCCUCCACCAACCACAUCAGGCAAUGCUACUGCUACACCCCAGGGUCCAGCUACAACUACACCAGUGUCUGCAAAUGGAACUGUGCCUCAGCCUUCACCAACUGUAGCAGGCAAUGUUACUGGUACACCCCAGGUUCCAGCUACAACUAUACCGGAGCCAUCUAAUGAAACUGGGCCUCAGCCUUCACCAACAGCAGGGCCUCUUCCACCAACUGCAGCAGGCAACGUUACUGCUACAACUACACCAGUGCCUGCAAAUGGAACUGUGCCUCAGCCUUCACCAACAGCAGGGCCUCUUCCACCAACUGCAGCAGGCAAUGUUACUGCUACACCCCAGGUUCCAGCUACAACUCUACCAGUGCCAUCUAAUGAAACUGGGCCUCAGCCUUCACCAACAGCAGGGCCUCUUCCACCAACUGCAGCAGGCAACGUUACUGCUACAACUACACCAGUGCCUGCAAAUGGAACUGUGCCUCAGCCUUCACCAACAGCAGGUCCUCUUCCACCAACUGCAGCAGGCAAUGUUACUGCUACAACUCUACCAGUGCCAUCUAAUGAAACUGGGCCUCAGCCUUCACCAACAGCAGGGCCUCUUCCACCAACUGCAGCAGGCAACGUUACUGCUACAACUAUACCAGUGCCAUCUAAUGAAACUGGGCCUCAGCCUUCACCAACAGCAGGUCCUCUUCUACCAACUGCAGCAGGCAAUGUUACUGCUACAACUAUACCAGUGCCUGCAAAUGUAACUGUGCCUCAGCCUUCACCCACAGUUGGAAAUCCUCCACCAACCACGGGCAAUGCUACUGCUACACCCCAGGGUCCAGCUACAACUAUACCAGUGCCAUCUAACGAAACUGUGCCUCAGCCUUCACCAACAGCAGGUCCUCUUCCACCAACUGCAGCAGGCAAUGUUACUGCUACAACUAUUCCAAAGCCCCCCAAUGAGACUGGAACAAUUCUUCCAAACCCUACUAGUUCACAAACUACAAUUCCAUCCACAUCAGAAUCCAUUGUAGUUUUAGGUGUUGUUGAGAAGUCUGUCAACAUUGGCACAAGAAGCCCUCAACAAACUGUAGUUCCACAACCAGGAACCACACAUGUUUCAACACCAUCCUGUGCAGAGAAGAGUCACUACGCAGUUUGCAUCCCUACAUGCAGUCCAACAUGUGAACACCUUGAUGGCCCACCACACUGCAAUGUACAGAGAACCUGCAUUUCAGGAUGUGUCUGUGAUGAUGGCUUUGUACUAAAGGGGAGUGUCUGUGUGCCUGUCCACAAAUGUGGAUGUGUUGGGAGGAAUGGCAUAAUUCACAAAUUUGGUGAAGUAUGGUACACCAACCACUGCAGUCAGAAAUGUGAGUGUGAAGAGGAUGAUGGGGAAGGGCAAGUUGAAUGUGAAGAGACAGAGGGGUGUGAAGAUGAUACCAUCUGCCUCCAAAGUGAAAUGGGGGAAUAUUAUUGCGAAUCCACAGAUUUUGGUGAGUGUACCAUCAAAGGAAACCCAGAGUACAACACGUUUGAUAAACUGAAGCAUGAAUUCAGUGGAACAGACUUGUAUGUGCUGGUCAGGACCAAAAAUCUGCCCAAGAAUCUCCCAGAUAUCUACAUAAUGGGCACAACUGCAUGCAGUGGCGAGGAUAUUCAAAAUGAUGACAGCAGUGAGGAAAAUGAUGAAAGCGGUAGCGAGGAGUACAAUGAUGAUGAUACUGCGGGUCACAAGCAAAAACUGCAAGAGCUUAAAAUCAAUGUAUACAAUCAUACUAUAGAGCUCAAGCACAAGAGGAAGGUGUUGGUGGAUGGUCAAAGGGUUAAAUUUCCAGGUACAUCAUCUCCUGGCUUUAAAAUCCUGAUGCGAUCUUCCAACAUCUACUUAAAGACUGACUUUGGGCUGUCUGUGGAGUUUAAAGGACACUGCAAAACUGAUAUUAUUGUGCCAUUCCUCUACAAAAGAAGAGUGGAAGGCUUGUGUGGAAACUUUGAUGGCCGAAAGCUAAAUGACAAGGUGAAACCAGAUGGCGCCAUUGCCAAGAACACUCAAGAGUUUGGAGAAAGCUGGAGAGUUUAAGAGUUUAAAUGAUUAGGUUUUUCUGAAAACCUAAUGUGAUGCAAAUGGGAUCUCCUUACUGAUCAGCCAACUAACCUAGUAUAUUUUUAAAUGUGCUAUGGUAUUUGAAUCACUUGUUCAUUUACAAUUUGAAUGAUAUUUAUAGUUGUCAUAAUUGUAAAGCUGCAUUUUGCCAUUAAACAACUGCAUUUUAUGUAAAUAUGAAAUGCACAAACCCAAAUGUCUAAAAUGCACACUCAUCCUACAGCUGGCUGUAUGUACUGUACUUCAGUGGUCUAAUAAACAUGUAGAGAAGGAA